AUGGGUUUCUCCGCCGCGGACGCGGUCAUACCGGCGUGCGCCGUGAUCGGCAUUGCCUUCGCGGCGUGGCAGUGGUUCCUUGUUGCCAAGGUGAAGGUGUCCGCGUACGCGUCGACGGGUAACGGCGGACAUGGGCGGCCUGUGUUCCGGCAGGAGGACGAGGAAGAUGAGGAUAACCGUAUCGGCGGGGAGAGCGACGACGAGGAGGAUGGAGGCGACGGACCGGCGGCCGUGGCUAGGUGCGCGGAGAUCCAGAACGCCAUUUCCGUAGGAGCAAACUCAUUCCUUUUCACCCAAUACAAGUACCUGGCCGCCUUCACGGUGAUCUUCGCGGUGGUCAUCUUCCUCUUCCUGGGGUCCGUGCACCGGUUCAGCAUGGCCAGCCAGCCGUGCCAGUACACCAAGGGCAAGAUGUGCAAGCCGGCGCUGGCCAACGCAGCGUUUACCACCGCAGCCUUCUUUCUUGGCGCCGUCACCUCCGUCGUGUCGGGCUACCUCGGCAUGCGGAUCGCCACCUUCGCCAACGCGAGGACCACACUGGAGGCCCGGCGGGGCAUCGGCGCAGCCUUCGCCACGGCGUUCAGGUCCGGCGCCGUCAUGGGGUUCCUCCUGUCGUCCCUGGGCCUUCUGGUGCUCUACAUUGCCAUCAAGAUCUUCGGGCUGUACUACCGCGAUGACUGGGAAGGCCUGUACGAGUCGAUCACCGGAUACGGGCUCGGUGGCUCCUCCAUGGCGCUGUUCGGGAGGGUUGGUGGCGGCAUCUACACGAAGGCGGCGGACGUCGGCGCCGACCUCGUCGGGAAGGUGGAGAGAAACAUCCCCGAGGACGAUCCGAGGAACCCCGCGGUGAUCGCUGACAACGUGGGCGACAACGUCGGCGACAUUGCGGGGAUGGGCUCCGACCUGUUCGGGUCCUACGCCGAGUCCACCUGCGCGGCGCUGUUCGUCGCGUCGAUCUCGUCGUUCGGCGCCGACCACGACUUCGCGGCGGUGUGCUACCCGCUGCUGAUAAGCUCUGCGGGGCUCGUGGUCUGCCUGGCUACGACGCUCUUCGCCACCGAUUUCUUCAAGGUCAAGACCGUCGACGAGGUCGCGCCGGCACUUAAGCUGCAGCUCCUCAUCUCCACCGUGCUGAUGACCGUCGCCGCCCUGGUCGUCACCUUCGCCGCGCUCCCCGCCAGGUUCACCAUGUUUGAUUUCGGGGAGGAGAAGCAGGUCAGGAACUGGCACCUGUUCUUAUGCGUCGCCAUUGGCUUAUGGGCAGGUCUCGCCAUCGGCUUCACCACCGAGUACUUCACCAGCAAUGCCUACAGCCCUGUCCGAGAUGUGGCUGACUCUUGCCGGACCGGCGCGGCGACCAACGUCAUCUUCGGGCUAGCGCUCGGGUACAAGUCCGUGAUCGUGCCCGUGCUCGCCAUCGCUGUGUCCAUCUACGUCAGCUUCACCCUAGCAUCGAUCUACGGCAUCGCCAUCGCCGCGCUCGGGAUGCUCAGCACGGUGGCCACCGGGCUGGCCAUCGACGCGUACGGACCGAUCAGCGACAACGCCGGAGGCAUCGCGGAGAUGGCCGGCAUGAGCCGCAGGAUCAGGCAGCGGACCGACGCGCUAGACGCCGCCGGCAACACCACCGCGGCGAUCGGCAAGGGGUUCGCCAUCGGUUCGGCGGCGCUGGUUUCACUGGCGCUGUUCGGCGCGUUCGUUAGCCGUGCGGGCGUAACGGUGAUCAACGUGCUAAGCCCGAAGGUGUUCGCGGGGAUGCUGGUAGGCGGGAUGCUCCCGUACUGGUUCUCGGCGAUGACGAUGAAGAGCGUGGGCAGCGCGGCGCUGAAGAUGGUGGAGGAGGUGCGGCGGCAGUUCAGCACCAUCCCGGGGCUGAUGGAGGGGCGCGCCACGCCGGACUACGCCAGCUGCGUGAGGAUCUCAACGGACGCGUCACUGAGGGAGAUGAUGCCUCCCGGGGCGCUGGUGCUGCUGGCGCCGCUGGUCACCGGCACCUUCUUCGGCGUCCACACGCUGGCUGGGCUGCUCGCUGGCGCGCUCGUGUCGGGCGUGCAGGUGGCCAUAUCUGCUUCCAACAGCGGGGGAGCGUGGGACAACGCCAAGAAGUAUAUCGAGGCGGGCGCGUCAGAGCACGCCAAGUCCCUUGGUCCCAAGGGUUCGGAGGCGCACAAGGCCGCCGUGAUUGGUGACACCAUCGGGGACCCGCUCAAGGACACCUCCGGACCGUCGCUCAACAUACUCAUCAAGCUCAUGGCCGUUGAGUCCCUUGUGUUUGCGCCAUUCUUUGCGGCUCACGGAGGCCUCAUAUUCAAGUAAUUCACACGAUCAUCUAUCGA